AUGGCUAGUGGUAUAAAACCUAAAGCGCUAUCGAUUUCGGACAAACUUAACAUUUUGAAGAAGUACGAUGAAGGAUUGAUUGAGAAAAAAAAACAAAAGGAUAUUGCUAAUGAACUGGGGAUACCUCCUUCUACUUUAAGAACUUUAUUGAAAAACAGACAUGAAAUAGAACAAAGCAGCAUGUUAGGUGGCAGCAAACGACAAAAAUUAAAACACGGGAAGUAUGAAGAGUUGGAAAAUAUUUUAUUGGAGUGGUUUCAACAAGCUCGCAGUUUAAAUUAUCCAAUAAAUGGAGGUGUAAUCACGGAAAAGGCAAUGGAGAUUGCCGCACGUCUUAACUUAACCGAAUUUAGUGGAUCGACUGGUUGGCUGGAUAGAUUUCGGAGUAGGCAUGGCAUUGUGUACCGGCAAAUUUCAGGUGAGACUGAAUCUGUUAAUAAUGAUGAUAUAGCUUCAUGGAAAAAUAACGUGUUGCCUUCAUUACUGCGUGAUUAUACUCCUAACGAUAUAUACAACGCUGAUGAUUUCGAAUUAUUUUUUAAGCUUAUGUCAGAUAAGUCUUUUGUUUUUAAAAAUGAGACAUGCCAUGGUGGAAAGUUGAGCAAGGAACGUCUCACGGUUUUAGUAUGUACAAAUUCUACCGGCACCCAUAAAUUGAAGUUGGUCGUCAUUGGAAAACGUAGGUCUCCUCACUGUUUCAAAAAUGUUCGUACGUUUCCAUGUGAAUAUCUUGCUCAAAGUUGUGCUUGGAUGACAGGAACACUAUUCAUGAACUGGAUUCAAUAG